GGCUUACCGGAUCUGGUGCUUCCGGCGGCUUUUCAGGGCCGCGCAAUGGAGUCUCACGGGCUCCGCCGUGUUCUGGUGCUAGCCUUUUGCGUCGCCGGUAUUUGGUCGGCUUACAUUUACCAAGGCGUCCUUCAAGAGACUGUGUCCACCAAGAGAUUUGGUCCAGACAAGCAGAGGUUUGAACACCUCGCAUUCCUGAAUCUGGCGCAAAAUGUAGUUUGUUUAAUCUGGUCAUUUAUCAUGAUAAAGCUCUGGUCCAGCAGUAGUAGUGGGGGUGCUCCAUGGUGGAGUUACUGGAGUGCUGGCAUUACAAAUACAAUUGGCCCUGCCAUGGGGAUUGAAGCCUUAAAGUACAUAAGUUACCCAGCCCAGGUCCUUGCUAAAUCUUCAAAAAUGAUACCGGUGAUGCUGAUGGGCGCAUUAGUUUAUGGUAUUCGAUACACUUUUCCUGAGUAUGUCUGUACUCUUCUUGUUGCUGGUGGUGUUUCUGCCUUUGCUCUUUCAAAGACUAGCUCAAAGACCAUAAGCAAGCUGGCACACCCAAAUGCUCCUCUUGGAUACGGACUGUGUUUUCUUAAUCUUGCAUUUGAUGGAUUUACGAAUGCUACUCAGGAUUCACUUACAGCAAGGUACCCAAAAACAAGUGCCUGGGACAUCAUGUUGGGUAUGAACUUGUGGGGUACCAUUUACAAUACGGCCUUCAUGUUUGGGUGGCCGAGCGCCAGUGGAUACGAGGCUGUUAAAUUUUGCAAGCAGCAUCCGGAGGCAGCAUGGGACAUUUUCCUCUACUGUUUAUGCGGUGCAGUGGGCCAGAAUUUCAUUUUUCUUACCAUUAGUCGAUUCGGUUCCCUUACUAACACUACCAUCACAACAACACGCAAGUUCGUCAGCAUAGUAGUCUCUUCGCUGCUGAGUGGAAACCCUCUUUCUCAAAAGCAAUGGGGAAGCGUUAUCAUGGUUUUUUCCGGGUUGUCAUACCAGAUCUACCUCAAGUGGAGGAAAUUGCAGAGGUCGCAGAAGAAGAGGAAGCCCAUGUGAAGGAAGACGAGAGCUUUGCUGUGUUAUUAUUGAAACUUACUAUUUACCUUAAUUCUUCAAUUCUCGUCUAUAGCAUUUGUAUAACCGUAAGGUUCAUUUUUAACUUUUUGAAUAUAGAGGCUUGUAAGGUUACAGAACUUAAUUCAAAUUUACAUGUAGUAGUGAAGUUUUGAGGUGCCAUCUGAACUACUUAGUGUUAGUGAAUAUCAGUGCCGUUUGGUUCAACUGACAUUUGAUAAUUUUAUAUGUUUUUGGUA